AUGGAGCCCCUGUUCGCCGGUGUCUCUAACAACGCCCAUCACCUCUACACACUGCUCUCUUGCAUUGGAUUUGCACCGAAAGCCACCGUCCAAAUCACACCAGAUGGCCUUCGAUUCUCCGUCGAGGAAGGACGUGUUAUCCAAGGUCUAGCUUUUCUCGACAAAUCGCUCUUCACCAGCUAUGCCUUCAAUCCAUCGACCGACGCAGAGCCCAAUCAAAACGAAUCAGCUGAAUCCAAUGAAUCAUCCCAAAAUGUGGUCUACCCCCACUUUGUUGUCUCUCUCUCCGCCCUCCUCGAAACACUCAAAAUCUUUGGCAUCAAUGAGCUAGAGUCUAACCGACCCCGCGACACCAGCAUCACGCAGGCCAAUCCAGCCUCAUCAAGCGCAUUCAACGCCCCUGCUCUAUUGAUGGAUCGAUCCUGCACCCUACAAUAUGCUCGAUACGGCGCCCCUCUCAGUAUAAUCAUAACCGAGGCAGGCGUGAAAACAACCUGCGAAUUAGUAACCUAUGAGCCCGCAGAAGACGAAGCAGACAUUCCACUCCAGCGCGAUGCAAUCAUCAUGAAGAUCAUCAUGCGCUCCGCCUGGCUGCACAGUUCCAUCGCCGAACUCGACUCUUCAACCCCUAACAUUUUGAAACUGUCCGCUUGUGCCACGCGCGACCCGUACUUUGCUCUUUCUGGGGCUGGUGGUCCCUUUAGUGAAUCAACCGUAGAGUUCUCGGUUGACACUCAGAAUCAGGUUGUCGGCGGGGCUGGUCAAGGGGCUGCACAAUCUCAGAUGCAUAAGGUAUUGGCGGAUGACGGCUCUUCCCGCGCUCGUGCUACCAGAGCUAAGGUCGCGCCUACCGUAACGGAGACUUUCCUUGUGUCCCCUCCGUCUUCUAUGGGGGAACGCAUCCAACAGAGCUAUCGCUUUUCGUUGAUUCGCAAGGCUGCAAGGGCUAUGUCGGUUGCUAAUAAGGUUAGUAUCCGUGGGGACCAGCAGGGGGUGUUGAGUCUGCAAUUCAUGGUUGAGCUUGAUGAUAAUAGCGUUCCCGUCGGCAGACCGGUCGGUGCUGGCGUGAAGGGUCCAAAUGGCCCUGUGUGCUUUGUUGAUUUCCGUUUUGUCCCCUUGCUUGAUGAGGAGGAAGCUGAAAUGGAGAUGGAUGGAGAGCGCGAAUAG